ACUGUAAAGAAUGAGAGAAAGAAAAGAUGGAAUAGAUUGUGUUUUGAUGUAAACGUUUUUCAUUAAAAAAAAAAAUUUUCAGCCGUAAUGUUAAAUGUUUCUAUAAUUAUGUUUUUAUUAUAAGAAUAUUUAUCUCGAAACUCGAAACUAAAUACGUCAUAAUGUAAGCAAACAUUAAAAAACAAACUUAAAAAAACUUAGAAAGUGUAUAAUGAAUGAUAUGUCAUUAAAAAUUUUGUAAAUAUUAGAGCCAUGUAAUUUGUUUUUUUUUUUUAAAUGUAAUGUGCUUUGAACGAUGUGUCAAAACAAGUAAUUUAAAGUUUAAGAAGAAAAAUUAUAUAAAAAAGUAUGACUGAUAAUACAGAAACACAAGCACAUGAGCUUGUACGAAGGAAAGAAUGGCAACGAGCUAUUGAAUUAUAUGAUAAAGUUCUAUCACAAACAAUCACCAAGAACAAUUCAAAAGAACGUAUUGUGGCAUGUCUUUUGGGUCGAUCUGAAUGUUGUUUGGAAUUGGGACGUCAUGAAGCUGUUGUUGCUGAUUGUAGAAAAAUAAUUAAACUACUUGCUGAUGGUAAUGAAAAUAAUAAUGGUGCACGCGCUAGGAAACGACUUGUGUAUGCUUUGUUUUCGCUUCGCAGAUUUUCAGAAGCCGAAUUAGCAACACGAGAAUGGCUAUUAUCUGGAAAUGGUUCUCAAGUACAUCCAGAAGCUGUAAAAACAUUGGAACGUUUACGAUCAAUCUUACAAAUGGCAAAUGGGCAGAAAGGCGGUAACGUUCGAAUGUUACAACAAAAAUUAGACGAAGAACUUGUUGCCUUAGAAUCACGAUUUGAAGCACUAACCGGAUUUGGAGGCAACAAAGAAAAUCAACGUAACAAAAAUCGUAACAAAAACUCGGAUUAUGCUGACGACAAGAAAAAAUUACAAAUGAAGAACAACAACUAUUCCGAUCAAAAAUAUCCAACGGAUAUUGCUUGCUCGUAUUGUCGUCUAACAUUUACGGAUCGUGCCGAAUUACGAUCUCACUGUCAAUCGGAGAGUCAUCAAACUGUUAUCAUGUCAGAUGAAGGUCGCGAUUGGAAAUGGCGACCUCCACCGCGAGGUUUUAAAGCCGAUACCUACACGUUGUGCGAAAGUUUUAUGGACGGUGGUGUCUGUCGUUAUGGCGCACAAUGUGUGGAAGCACACGGUUCCGAGGAACUUACUGAAUGGCGUGAAAGAUUCGAAUACAGAAGGAUGCGUUUGCAACGUGCCUGUGAAAAAGAAUUAUACGGCAAAUCUUAUACCGAACAAAUUUUAGAAAAAUGGAUUCAAUCACCGAAUCCCGAUAAAGUAUUACGAGAGAAAAUUGAUGGAGUUGAUGAUACAUGUUCUACGGAUUUAGCGACAACUGUAUCAUCGAAAUCAAGUAAACGUGAAUGGAUAUUUACAAUAAAAACUCGGAAAAAUUUAAAAGCCGUGGCGCUUUUACAAGACGCGCAUCGGAAUCAUUUCUUUUUGAAACAAAUUAUUUUAGGAACAACUAACUCACAGAAAAAGAGUAAAAACAAUAAAAUCGAUGUUGAAUUAACGUCGGAUCAAGAAUGGUGUGUACAAAGUUUCGACGCAUGUGAAAACCCGAAUACAAUCGAGCAUCGCGUGAAAGUGACAUUUUCUACAGAUAUUUUCGGUACAUUUCGUCAAUCUGUAGUAUUCGACUUUGGUAGUGAUCCAGUGUUAGUGAAACAUUUAUGUGUUGAUGUUAUACCCGUAACGGAUGCGGAUAAAGUGAAAGAAAUUCGUAAAGAAAUUAUUUUAUCCGCAGCAGAACGAUGGGAUACAGAAAAUAGUAAUAUUGUACCAUUUACAUCACCAAUAAAUCCAGUUACAUCGACAUCCGCUAUAGCGGAUGAACGUGAUUUAUUAAAUUUAUAUCCAGCACCCAGAUCCGAUACUUUUACGCUCACGCACUCAACAAUUGUUGAGAAAAAAUUAACAAAAAAUAAUUAUCGUUCACGAAUGCAUGAAUUAUUAUGCGUAGAAGAAAUGGCGCGGUACGAACAAGUAGCGCGGUAUAAUUUAACGACUAAACUACGAAUUACCCACAGUUAUUUGUUAGCUCCAAAUGGGAUAGCAACAAGUACAGCGAAAUAUUCACACUCGGGUGAAUUGUUUGCUUUGUUAACACUUGGCAAAGACGUUUCAGAAGAUACAUCCGCUGGUCGGUUGAUACUUAAUAAUUGUACAUCAGUUUUACUAACUGCCGCCGAUAAAAAUGAUAGAAAAGAUGAGGAGAGGAAAAUUUACGAAGCUUUAAUUGAGGAUAAAGGAAAAAAUGUUGUUUAUUUACGAUUAUCUGCGAUUACAGUCAAAGAAUUUAAUCUAAAAAGUGAUACAGAUUUUUUGUCCGAAGUACAAUUUCAAUUAAAUCGGAUCUCAUACUGUGAAUGGCAUUAUGCAAUUGAUAAAAUCGCUGAUUUUCGUGUAAUUUUCCCGGAUAUUUAUUUGGAGCCAAACAUUCCAUGGACGCCACAACGUCAAUGGUCUGAUAUUUUAGAUUCACGAUUAAAUUUAAAACAAAAAGAAGCUGUUGUUGCAAUUACAACGCCUGUAGCAUAUCCGUUACCACCGAUUUUAAUUAUUGGUCCAUUUGGUACGGGAAAAACGUAUACGCUGGCACAAGCAAUUAAACAGUUAUUGUUACAACCGGAAACGAAAAUUUUAAUUUGUACACAUUCAAAUAGUGCAGCGGAUUUAUAUAUUAAAGAUUAUUUACAUCCGUAUGUGGAAGCGGGACAUGAAGAAGCUCGACCGCUACGAAUUUAUUAUCAUAAACGUUGGGUAGCGACUGUUAAUCAAGUUGUACAAAAGUAUUGUUUAAUUGAAAUGAGUAACGGAAUGCGUAGUUUUCGAGUACCUACCUUAGAAGAUAUCAUGAAACAUCGUAUUAUCGUUGUGACCCUUUCAAUUUCAAUGUAUCUAUCAACAAUGGGUUUACCAAAAGGUCAUUUCACUCACAUACUACUGGACGAAGCUGCCCAGGCAAUGGAAUGUGAGGCCAUAAUGCCAUUAGCAUUAGCUAAUGAAAAUACACGAAUCGUUUUAGCUGGUGAUCAUAUGCAAUUAAGUCCCGAACUAUUUAGUGAAUUUGCUAAGGAACGUAAUUUACAUGUAUCGUUGUUAGAACGUUUGUAUGAUCAUUAUCCGACAACAUUUCCCUGUAAAAUUCUACUAUGUGAAAAUUAUCGAGCUCACGAGGCCAUUAUCCAUUUUACGUCCGAGUUAUUUUACGAUCAAAAGCUAAUUUCAAGCGGUAAACAACCUAGACAUGAAAAAUUUUACCCGUUAACAUUCUUUACAACACGCGGAGAAGAUGUCCAAGAUCAAAAUUCUACUGCGUUCUAUAAUAACAGUGAAGUGUACGAAGUUGUCGAACGUGUUUGCGAGUUAAGAAAACGCUGGCCAGCCUCUUGGGGCAAAAUGGAUGAACAGAGUAUUGGUAUCAUGACACCAUACGCCGAUCAAGUGUUUCGUAUUCGAUCGGAGCUUCGUAAACGACGUAUGGGUGGGAUUUCAGUGGAGCGUGUGCUCAAUGUUCAAGGAAAACAAUUUCGUGCAAUAUUUUUAUCGACUGUGCGUACACGUCGAACGUGUACGGGGUUGAAACCGUCUGGUGAUGAUAUGGAUUAUGGAUUUUUAUCGAACUCGAAAUUAUUAAAUACAGCUAUAACACGAGCACAAAGUUUAGUGGCUGUUGUUGGUGAUCCCGUUGCACUGUGCUCGAUCGGUCGAUGUCGAAAAGUUUGGGAACGUUUUAUUGAUAUUUGUAAUCAAAAUAAAAGUUUAUUCGGAAUAACUUGGUCGCUUUUACGAAGUCAAUUGGAUGGGGUUGAGUUAAAGAAAACGUAUGUUUUGAAUCCCCUUGCACCUGAGUUUAUUCCACGUCAGAUGCAAGCCGAAGCAUAUAUUAAAAUGCCAAUUAUGAAUUUUAAUACGUCUAUACCCCCUCCACCGAUUGGCCAACAACAGAAUAAUUUACGACAACAACUACAACCUCCGCCACCAUCAUCUUCAGGAAAUAAUGGUGGAACAACAAAUACAGUUGCUACAUUACCGUUUGUAUUACCCCCUGGAGGUGCGCCUAUGAUAUCUUUACCAUGGUAUUGUUUCCCACAAGCACCUCCACCACAACAGUUGGUAAGAUCGUUGGCCCCACCAGCGUUAACUGCAGCUCCACCUGCACCAAAUGUACAAUAUCCACCGAAUAGUACGCAGUUAAAUCCAUGGACAGCUGCCGCUGCAGGAGUUAAUUAUUCAUUAGUAUCUCCACCGGCAGCCGCAAGCAAUGCCGGUGGCCGAAAUACUCCAACAAAUUGGCCAGCAAAAAUUUUACCCAAAAAUAAACCAAUAUUAGGCAAUUUAAAUAUUCGGACACCAAAUAUGCCGCCUACGGCAUCGUUACGUAGUCCUGGUGGUGUACCAUUCCCAAAUAACGUCUUAAAAAGUAACAAUGGUUUUAUACCAUUACCCACCGUCUCUCGUGGAAACGAACUUGAUUUAAAUCAACAAAACUUAAUUCAAGAUGGUGGAAAUCUUCUCCAUAACAGCGAUCCUAUAUAUCCUAAUAUACAAAAUCGUAUACCUCCUCCGGGAAGUGUUGGACCAGGUCCGAAUCAACUCACACAAUUAAUGCAGCAGCAACAGUUACAACAAAUAAAAUUCCCACCAGGACCUAAUGAUUUUAAUAAAAAACCACCAACGGCUACUGAUAAAGAAAUACAAUUUUUAAACAAUGUACAUUUUCCGGAACGACAUCAAACGACUCGAUUACCAAAUUCCACGGAUAUUACGAAUUUACUACCGAUUAAUAUGACACUAGCGGAUAUGCUAUUUCAACCACCUUCACAGCAUGUUGAAUGGUAUCGACAUUUAAUCGAUAUUUCUGGUAUUGAUACCGCAAAUCGAUUUCUGGAGUUAUUAAUUCAAGCGAAAAAACAACAUGAAAUUUUAUUGCAACAGCAACAACAAGCUGUGGUAUUAAAUUCAAAUUCAACAAAACCCAUUGUUGAUGAAUUCUGUAAUCCACAACAACAAUCGUUCCAACAUUUACAAUUAAUACCCCCCUCAUCAACCGCUUCAACGUCAUGGUCACUUGAAUUACAACAACAACAACAGCAACAAAUACAAAAUCAACAACAAUUACAAAAUUAUCAUCAAAAACCGGUUUUAUUACGUGACAUCGAAUCAACGUUAAUACAAAAUAAUCAACAUUUUGUUGAUGAAUUUCGAGAGCCACAGCAACAAGUGCAACAGCAACAACAGUCGCAACAACCGCAACAGCAACGGAUACCGGAUACAAUCAAAUUGCCAUGGGAACAAUAUCCUGUACAGCAGAGUGUACCAUUAUAUCGACGACAAAGUCAAUUUAUGAGUCAACAACAGCAACAGGAACAAGAGAAACAACAGCAACAAUUGAAUCAACAGCAACAACAACAACAGCAUACGUUAAUAUCAAAUGCAUUUGCUGGAUAUGCGCGUGCGUCAUUACAACAACAACAACAGCAACAGCAACAAGUAACACUUGAACAACAGAAUCAACAAUUACGACCGCAACAGCAACAACAACAAUUACAACAAUAUUACAAUACAAAUGGAGCUAUGCAACAGCAACAAAUAAAUUCUCAACAACAACAACAAUUAAAUCCAUCAUAUCAACAUCAGCUACAACGACAAGUAAAUGCUGAUUUUGGUAACAUGAGUUUAUCACGUGAUGGUACCUCAAAUCCAAACACAUCAGCAUCAAUGGAAGAAAUGUUAUAUCAUCAUCAUCGUCAGCAGCAAGAAACAACGUAUGCAAGUGUGCUGCGACAAAACAAUAAUCAACAGCAACAACAACAACAACAGCAACAAUCGCAAACAGUUAAACAAACAAAUAAUGAACAAGAGAAAAAUGGUGAUCCAUUUGCUGUGUUACGUGAAUUAGGACAUAAAGCAACGACAGCAACAAAUGGAGAUCGAAUAUUUGCACAAAUCAAUAUUGUCAAACACAUUCCAAAAAUUAUGGAGAAGCAUUUCACAAUGGAAGUUGAAAUUUCGAUCAAGUAUGUGGUUAUUUAUGAACUUCUUCUCUGUUGAAAAGAAGAAUGUUUAAAACGGAAAAACAAUAAUGAAGAAAAAUAAAUGAUUCAAUUAAUAAAUUUUUGAAAGUUUUCUAACAAAUUAAGAAGAGUUUUAUGGAAUCCAAUUUCAAGAAAAUAUUUUAACAAACGGUGUUCAGAACACUCAGAAAAAAAUCGAUGGAAGAAUUUUAUUUUAAAAACAAAUAAAAAGUAUAUAAAUAAAAAGUUUUGGGGGUUUUAGUCCCGUAGAAGGUUUCCCCUUGAAAUGAAAAAUUUAUACUAGACACUAAAAAAACAAAAACUUUUCAAUAAGAUUUUAAAAAUUUUAUAACACAUUUUUCAUAACAAUUUUAAAAAAUGAUUUAUCAUCUUGUUGAAAAUUGUUUGUAUUUUAUGGAAUAGAAAAUUUUACUUUAUUACUGCCCCAAAAGAAAAUUGUUGAUGUGUAGCUUAAUUGGUUAUGCUCCUGACAUGAAUCCAAGAGAGCCAGAUUCGACUCCUGGUACACCUGUACUAUUUAUUUGAUAUUUUCAUUUAUCGUUGAUUUUAUUCAAUGUGGAAAUCGGUUUUCCGUAAAUCAAAAGAUCUCGAUUGUUUUUUGUUUUAAGAAUACGCCUUUUUAGUUCCGUUUAUCGAAUUUGCCUUUUACUGUUAUUUUAAUUUGCUCUCUAUUAUGUGUCUUAGGUCUCCCUUUUUUCAGUACUUUGUUAGCCCAAAAUCAUUGUGGUGAGACAUGUAAAGUUUGUCUUGCUUCAUGCCGAUUAUCGUUUUUUUGUGAUUAUUUUCGAAAAUGUUAUCUAUAAUUGAUUUUAUUCGACUAUUUCUUUGUUUUAAUCUUUCGAACUUAAUAAAUUAGCCAUUUUUUUGGAAAAUAAUGGGAGACCAAACAGUUUUAAACUAGGUUUAGUUUUACAGCAUUGGCAGAAAUAUCUAAAGACUAAUUUUCAGUGUAAGAUAGUGUUGUUUAUGCUAUCCCCACUUGUGGAUGGAGUCUUAAAGUCUAGUCUCAAGACUAUUUAGUUUCAAAUGACAUAAAUUUAAGUUUUUGGGAUACUAGAGCACUUUCUUCCCUUUUCUGUAAAUAGAUUAGGAUCAUCUGCCAGAAUUGAUUUGCUCAUUCAAUUUUAGUUUGUGGAACAAGCUUCCUGUGAGUUUUAAUGAUAGUUAAGCUUAUUUCAAAGCAGUACCGCUCGGGCUGCUUUGUUUUUCGCUGUCAGAAAGGAAAUAAAUCUAGUUUACAAGGUUAUUCCAACUAAAACUUAGAUUCUUAUAGUACAGUUUCUUUGACGAUCAACUUCAAAUUGCGUCAUGUAACGUCAAUAGAACAGUAAUCGACGUCAGUGGCACAAGUAUCAAAAAUUGGGGUCACUUAGUGUGAAAUAUUUGUCGCCAGAGUCAAUUUCAGUUCGUUUGAAAUUACUUGACGCCCAAGUUUAGUGGUGUCAAUGAAUGAAAACCCACCUUUACUAGAUAAUUUUUACUUUUAUUCAGACGAAUCCAAAUAGUUAUGAUUUUUCAUAAUCUCGGUAAUAAAGUAAAAUUUUAACUA